AUGCCAAAGCGGUUCGAGGAGAUGCUUUUGGAUCUGUGGAUGUCCUUGCUGCUGGUGUGGAUUACUUGUGUUCCCUGCAUGUCUAUGACUCCGAUCAUAGGCCAGUCCAAAAGUACACAAACUGGUGGGUCCGCAGUGGUGGCGAGCGGUCUUGGCGAAGGACAAAGAUUACUGAGCCGCGCCAAGAGAGGAUGGGUUUGGAAUCAAAUGUUUGUGCUGGAGGAAUUUUCUGGACCAGAUCCAAUUCUAGUUGGCAGGCUACACACAGACUUGGAUGUGGGCAACAGGAACGUCAAGUACGUCUUAGCGGGUGAGGGGGCAGGCACCAUCUUCGCAAUCAAUGAGUUAACAGGUGACAUCCAUGCCAUGAAGAGGCUGGACCGCGAGGAGAAGGCUGAGUACACACUAACAGCCCAGGUCAUUAACGCCGAUACAGACGAGCCUUUGGAGCCACCAUCCGAGUUCAUCAUCAAAGUUCAGGACAUAAACGACAAUCCACCGCAGUUCAUUGAAGGCCCGUACCGUGCCUCCGUUCCAGAGAUGUCUGCUGUUGGUACCCCGGUCACCAGGGUAACAGCUACAGAUGCCGACGAUCCAGUGUAUGGGAACAGUGCUAAACUAGUCUACAGCAUACUGGAGGGGCAACCAUAUUUUUCCAUAGACCCCAACUCAGCAACCAUAAAAAUUGCUCUCCAUGGGAUGGAUCGGGAGAUGAAGGAGGAGUAUUUGGUGGUUAUUCAGGCUAAAGACAUGGGAGGUCACAUGGGGGGCUUGUCUGGAACUACGGCUGUCACCGUCACGCUCACGGACAUCAAUGACAAUCCACCAAAGUUUUCUAAAAGUUUGUAUGAGUUUGUGAUACCUGAAGAUCUACCAAUAGGCAAAAUGGGUGGCAAAGUGAAGGCAAAUGACCGUGACAUCGGUGACAAUGCCAAGUCGACUUACAGCAUCAUUGAGGGGGAUGACCAAGGCAUGUUUGAGAUUAUUACAGACUCACAGACACAAGAAGGGAUUCUACGUCUGAAAAAGCCUUUGGACUAUGAGAGCAAGAGAGCCUACACACUGAAAGUUGAAGCUACCAACAUCCGCUCGGAGCCCAACAGCGGCGUGCCCUUCAAGGAUACAGCCACUGUAAAGAUUGUGGUGGAAGACUCUGAUGAGCCUCCUGUUUUCUCAAAACCCAUGUACUUACUGGAAGUGAACGAGAGUGCCCCCAUCAACACGGUCAUAGGGACAGUCACUGCCAGGGACCCAGACUCAACUGGGAGCCUCGUCAGGUACUUCAUCGAUCGGCACACAGACCUGGAGAGGCAGUUCAACAUCAAUGUAGACGACGGGAAGAUCACGCUGGCCAAACCGCUGGACCGGGAGACAGACAUGUGGCACAACAUCACAGUAACUGCGACAGAAGUCCGAAAUCAUAGUCAGAUAUCAAGGGCGAUCGUGGCCAUUAGAGUAAUGGACAUUAACGACAAUGCACCUGAAUUUGCCACCGAAUAUGAGGCCUUUUUGUGUGAAAAUGGAAAACCUGGACAGGUUAUCCAGACUGUCAGCGCGGUGGACAAAGAUGACCCCAUCCAGGGACACUACUUUGACUAUCGUCUGGUCCCAGAGAUGCUCAACAACCCCAAUUUCACCAUCAAAAACAACCAAGACAAUUCAAUCAGUGUUCUAGCCAAGCACGAUACCUUCCGACGACAGAAACAGGAGAUGUACUUCCUGCCAAUCAUCGUGACGGACAACGGAAACCCACCGAUGAGCAGCACCAACACCUUGACCAUCAGAGUGUGUGGGUGCAGCAACGAUGGCAUCGUCCAGUCCUGCAACGUGGAGGCCUAUGUCUUACCUAUUGGCCUUAGUAUGGGGGCUCUCAUUGCCAUCCUGGCCUGUAUUAUCCUCCUGUUAGUAAUAGUAGUACUAUUUGUGACCCUGAGGAGACACAAGAAUGAGCCUCUUAUUAUCAAGGAUGACGAAGAUGUGAGGGAGAAUAUUAUCCGCUAUGAUGAUGAGGGAGGUGGCGAGGAGGACACAGAAGCAUUUGAUAUUGCCACGCUGCAGAACCCGGAUGGCAUCAAUGGUUACCUACCACGCAAGGACAUCAAGCCUGACCUGCAGUUUAUGCCGCGGGCGGGCCAGCACUCAGGCCCAAAUGGGGUGGACGUGGACGAAUUUAUCAACGUACGGCUCCAUGAGGCAGACAAUGAUCCAACAGCGCCGCCCUAUGACUCCAUCCAGAUCUAUGGAUACGAGGGCCGGGGAUCCAUUGCCGGCUCUCUCAGCUCACUGGAGACGGCUUCAUCGGACUCGGACCAGAAUUAUGACUAUCUCAGAGAGUGGGGGCCACGCUUCAGAAGACUUGGGGAGCUCUACUCUGUGGGAGAGAGCGACCGUGAGACCUGA